CUCUCUGGAAAUUAUCGAAAACGAGAGAAGCCAUGUUUGUGGGUGGAGGCGGAUAAUGCUGUUAUGCCGGAUGUCAGAUUCAAACAGCUGUGUAUAUUUGUGUCCUGACUUUUUUCGUAAUUAAUAUUAAUAGGAAGAAGGUGAAGACAGUAACACGAGAGACAACUAACCCAUCAUCAUGAUUGGUGGGCUAUUUGUGUAUAAUCAUAAGGGAGAAGUUUUAAUAUCAAGGGUAUAUCGAGAUGACAUUGGUCGAAAUGCUGUUGAUGCAUUUCGUGUAAAUGUUAUUCAUGCUCGUCAGCAAGUUCGCUCUCCUGUCACAAACAUUGCAAGAACUUCAUUUUUCCAUAUCAAGCGAGCAAACAUUUGGCUGGCUGCUGUGACAAAACAAAAUGUGAAUGCUGCAAUGGUGUUCGAAUUUCUUCUGAAAAUUAUUGAUGUCAUGCAGUCAUAUUUUGGGAAGAUUUCUGAGGAGAAUAUUAAGAAUAAUUUUGUUCUUAUAUAUGAACUUCUUGAUGAAAUCUUGGACUUUGGAUAUCCUCAGAAUUCUGAUACAGGAGUUUUGAAGACAUUUAUUACACAACAGGGUAUUAAAUCCCAGACAAAAGAGGAACAAGCUCAAAUCACAUCUCAAGUUACUGGACAAAUUGGCUGGCGGCGGGAAGGAAUUAAGUAUAGGCGUAAUGAACUUUUUCUUGAUGUGUUGGAAUAUGUCAAUCUUCUUAUGUCUCCCCAAGGCCAAGUUCUGUCAGCACAUGUGGCUGGGAAGGUUGUAAUGAAGUCUUACCUCUCUGGAAUGCCAGAAUGCAAAUUUGGCAUUAAUGACAAAAUUGUAAUGGAAGCGAAAGGAAAGGGUCUGAGUGGGGGCAGUGAUGACCCAGCUCGAUCUGGAAAACCAGUUGUAGUGAUUGACGACUGCCAAUUCCAUCAAUGUGUGAAGUUGUCCAAGUUUGAAACUGAACACUCCAUUAGUUUUAUCCCACCUGAUGGAGAGUUUGAACUAAUGAGGUACCGAACAACUAAAGACAUCUCUUUGCCUUUCCGUGUUAUUCCAUUGGUUCGUGAAGUUGGCCGCACUAAAAUGGAAGUGAAGGUUGUUUUGAAGUCAAAUUUUAAACCAUCAUUGCUGGGACAGAAGAUUGAAGUGAAGAUUCCAACACCUCUGAACACAUCAGGUGUUCAGUUGAUUUGCCUGAAGGGAAAGGCAAAGUAUAAAGCAUCAGAAAAUGCUAUUGUCUGGAAGAUCAAGAGAAUGGCUGGUAUGAAAGAAACUCAGUUGUCUGCUGAGAUAGAACUUCUUGAAACUGAUACCAAAAAGAAAUGGACUCGUCCUCCGAUUUCAAUGAAUUUUGAGGUACCUUUUGCUCCUUCUGGAUUUAAGGUUCGGUACCUGAAGGUGUUUGAACCAAAGUUGAAUUAUUCAGAUCAUGAUGUUAUUAAAUGGGUAAGAUAUAUUGGUCGCAGUGGGUUAUAUGAGACACGUUGUUAAUUAUAGAGGCACUGAUAUAAUUAAGGCAUAGAUCUGAGCAGGAGGUGUAAGAAAUGCUGUGAGUAAUUAUGUAAGCAUUGCUAUUAACAUUUCCAGGUGAAUUGUAGAGAAGCAUUGAUAUGAAAUGUUCUAUGAAGGUAUUCAGUGAUUAAAUGUAAAUCCUUUCUUUUUAUUUGGAUGUAUACAAGUCUAUAUUACUGUGGCUUUGAUGUGAGUUAUUGUUGAUAUAAUCAAAUGAAAUGUGUCUUAUUGUUAAUAAGGAGUUACACAUACACGUAUCUAAGUGAUGAAUGUAGCAUACUUUGUCAAAUAUAUAAUGAUGUGUUUAAUUGUCUGGAA